GUCUGCUGCUGACCUCACUCCUCUUCAAGAACAGCAUCUUCGAGACUACGGGUUCUCCCCUGGCACGUCGGAGCCGACUACGACGAGACACGACCACUUUGCCGAGUGGAUCUCGACCGGCAGUGUGGAAGGAUAGCGCUGGCUCGACUCCGACUGGAACGACCGAGCAGUUCUACGAGGACUUGGACCUGGUGGUGGACGACGAGGAGCCGGAGGAAGGUCGGGCUCUUGGGGCCCCAGAAGCUCUUGCGCCGCAGGACAUGGUCACUGAAAGCCAAAAGGCCCUCGUGAAGAAGUUGCAUGAGAACACUGGGCGUCCACCACUGGAACGUUUCCUGCGAACACUACGGGCGGCUGGAGCGCUACCGCGCGCGCUUAAGUACGUCAAGGACGAGUUCCGCUGUGACACCUGUGCCAUCAAGCGAGGCCCAGAUCACCGACGUAAAGCUCAGUGCCCUCGAGUGUUCUCCUUCAACCGUGUGCUCAGCAUGGACGUCUUCUACGUUGACUUCAAGGGCGUGAAAGAGGCUGUCUUAAACAUGGUGGACCAUGGCACCAACUACCAGAUCGCUCAGCGAAUACCAGGGACAGGAAGAAUUACCCACGUCCCACGAGACCUGGCGCACGAGCUGGAGUCAGGCCAGGGCAUUGCCACCAACCUUGAUGAGUUGGACGAGCUCCUCACCUCCCUGGUGGCAGCCAAGAAUCGUUGGUUUAACGCCGGCGGCUACACUCCUACGCAGCUGGUCUUUGGCGAGCUUCCUCGAGUACCAGGUGAGCUGUUGGCCGAUAACUCCAUUGGUCUUCAAGUACCCAGUGAUGCAUACCACGACCCAGCUGGCCUUGACGAGGCGGGCGCUGAGUUCCGCCGACGGAAUGAGAUCCGGGAGCGUGCCAAGCAACUCGCCCUAGCUGAGACCAGCAAGGAGGCAUUACAUCGGGCGGUCCGAACUUCAAGCACCCCUGUGCGCACUUGGAUUCCUGGGCAGUGGGUGUAUUGCUUCCGAAAAGGCAAGCCUGGUGAUCUGCUUCACCCAGUCUCUCGAUGGGUGGGUCCUGGAGUUGUGGUGCUUCAGACGCCUUCAAUGGUUUGGGUGGCUAUGCGGACACGACUCUGGCGAUGUUCUCCAGAGCAGCUGCGACCUGCCUUUCCUUCUGAGGUCCUUGGACGGCAGCUGGCAUCGGAUCCGAGUCAUGGAGAACUUCUUCGGAAGAUUGUGUCGGGCGCCCAGACUGGAGCAGUGGAUGUUGCGCGCGAAGGACCUCCCACAGAAGGCAGCUCUCCCGCGUGGAGCAUCUCCCCUCUGGAGAGGCGAUACCCCUUGAAGGGCAAGCGCCUGCCGCCUCUACAGCACCGGCCUACGCUCCUGGACCUCUUUCAGCACUUCAAGAAGUUCCUCCUGUUCUGCCUGGUCUACUACCACAAGCUCCGGUACCUCAUGACUCUCCAGAACUGA